CAGUUGCUUUUAGUAUGGUUAGCAUUAUGCCAUCAGUAAUUAGGUGGAGUAAUUUACUGAGUUUGCUUGAAGCCACAGUGACUCUGGAUUGAGUAAACAUAUUCUGCAGGAUCUGAAUAAAGUAUUUGAUGUAGAACACUGUUGUUCUGAAUGUACUCUUGAUUUACCAACCCAAAUCUCCAUAGUGAAUUGAAAGCUGAUUGCAUUGUUUCAAAAUACCCCAAGAACUGAAGCUGUGAUACUUACUGCUGGAAACAAACUGCAGUGAGGAAGAAGAGAUGCAGAAUCUGUGUGCUACAAAUGUGGGAACAGAGCAGUGCUGUGGGGAGCACAAACGUAAACUGGAGCUAUUCUGUCAGGAAGAUGAGGCCUUUGUCUGUGUCCUGUGUGUUCCCAGACAUUCCAGCCACAGUUUUGUGCUUCUGCAAGAGGCAGUUGGUGUGUAUAAGGACAAACUAAAAAUGGCCCUGUCAUCUUUGCAAUUAGAAGUCAAGGACCUUAAAGAUCUGCAGUACAAGACUGAAAAGGAAUUCCUGGACAUAGAGGAAAAUGCUUCCAGUUUGGAACAAUACAUUACAGUACAGUUUACAAAACUGCACCAGUUUCUCCAUGACAAGGAACAGCAACUCAUUCAACAGCUUAAGAAUGAACAAGCACAAAUUCUGAAAGAGAUGAAAGAAAAUCUUAAAUGCAUUAAAAGUAAUGUUAUGGAUACACACAUUGCAGUAUCCGACACCAUCGUGUCAUUCAAGAUUAAAGAAGAGGAGACUCUGAAAGAGAUGGAAGAACAUUCUGAUGAAGUUGAUAGUUAUAAUGUGGCAACUCGGGAAGCAGUGUCUGAUAAUUUGGAGAAUGUAAAACAGCAGGAAACCAGUGGCUUUCUACUAGUACCAAAGUCAUUUGGUGAUGAUGCUGUCAGUUUCUCAGAAGAGGAAUGGAAGAUGUUAAGAAAACAAGACAAGAUGCUUCACAGGGAAGUGAUGGUACAGAAGUAUGACACCAUAGUUUCUGUGGGUGGGAGAUCACAACUGCAUCAACCAACAAAGAGCCUGCAGCAGUGUGCAAAGCCUGAGAAGGAUUCUGACAAACUGCAUAUCACACCUGUACCCCAGCUUCACUCAGGAGAUAUAUGCAGCGAGAAUAAUAAUCAAAGAUGGCCGCUGCAUCUCUCAACAGAGAACCUGCAACAAUAUGCUCAGAAUAUGAAGGGCUACAAAAAGCUUCAUCUCUCUCCUGUACUCCAGCUUCAUUCAGGACUUAACUCCAGCCGGAUCUUUGAAGGUGACAGUGAAACACCUCAGGUACAACACCUGGCAGUGAACCUGCACCAGUGUGAUCAGCCUGCAAAGGGCUCCAACAAGCAUCAUUUCACUUUUGCACCACAGCUUCAUGCAGGAUAUAUCCAUAAUAAUAGCUCUGAAAGUGACAAAAGUUGUAAUGCACAGCAAAGUCAAGCAGUAUAUCAGAGCUCUAACACAGUGGAGAAAAUAUAUAAGUAUACAGAAUGCAGUAAGAGUUUCUUACAAAGAAACGAUCUGCUAAAGCAUCAGGAGAAUAAGAAUUGCACAGGAGAAGCAACAUACAAGUGUACUGAAUGUGGUAAGUGUUACACAAAAAAAAAAUCUCUCCUAUGUCAUCAAAAGACUCAUACAAAUGAAAAACGAUAUAAAUGUACUGAAUGCAGUAAGUGUUUUCCAUUUCGCAAUAGCCUCAUACAACACCUGACCAUACACUCAGGGGUAAAACCAUAUAAAUGUGCUGAAUGCAGUAAGUGUUUUUCACAAAGAAGUCAUCUGAUGCGUCAUAAAGUCAUUCACACUGGGGCAAAACCGUAUAAAUGUACUGAAUGCACUAAGUGUUUUUCACAGAGUAGUCAUUUGGUAAAGCAUCAAGCCAUUCACAGAGGGGAGAAGCCAUAUAAAUGUACUGAAUGUAAUAAAUGUUUUUCAUGUAACAAUAGCCUGAUACACCAUCGGACUAUUCACACCGGCAUAAAACCAUAUAAAUGUACUGAAUGCACAAAGUGUUUCACAUACCAAAGAAGUUUAGUAUGUCACCAGGCCAUUCACACUGGGGAGAAGCUGUAUACAUGUACUGAAUGCAGUAAGUGCUUUACAAAUGAACAUCAGCUAAAAACUCACCAACGUGUUCACACAGGAGAGAAACCAUAUAAAUGUGCAGACUGUGGUAAGUGUUACAAGGGCAAAAGUAGUCUGCAGUACCACCGAAAGACUCACACGGGGGAGCGACCGUAUAAAUGUGAUGAAUGUGGUAAGUCUUACAAAGACAAGGGUGGGCUUCAGUGUCACCAAAGGACUCACACAGGUGAGAGACCAUAUAAUUGUGCUGAAUGUGGGAAGUGUUACAAAGACAAGAGUGGUCUUCAGUACCACCAAAGGACUCACCCAGGAAAGAUAUGCGGAAAGAACAUUUCACUGCAUGUUCCUGUUCCAGAAAGUAUCCUCGAAAGUCCUCAAGAAGAACAUUCCCCAGUGACUGUCCCUGUUGAUGAACCCAGAUCUAGUUAUUACAUUACGAGAAAAGUUACAGCACAAAUGAGAGCUGCAGGUGUGGUACAGACACUUACUGCACGUGUGGAACGGACACUUAAUGCACGUGUGGUACUGACACUUUUUCUCAGCAGUGACUCUGAAGAUGCUUAUGAUUUGCAACAAUUCAUUAUACAAGAGUUUGCAAAACUGCACCAGUUUCUCUAUGAAAAGGAAAGGAAACUUAUUCAACAACUUGAGAUGGAAGAAGAAAAAAUUCUGACUGAAAUGGAAGAAAACCUUGAUUUUAUUAAAACUGACAUUUUGGCCGCCGACACUGCAGUGGUUGAUGCCAACUUGGAGCUCAAGACGAUAGUAGCAGAGACUCCAAAAGAAAAGGAAGAAAUUGAUUUCUGCAUUAAAAAUUAUGUUCUGGCUACUCAGGAAGCAGUACCACGAAAGGCAGAAACUGAAAAACAGGAAUGUGUUGCUUUUCUCACAGUACCAGAAAUGUUUGAGGAUGUUGCUGUCACUUUCUCAGAAGAGGAGUGGAAGAUGUUAAGUAAACAAGACAAGGAGCUUCACAGAGAAGUGAUGGUACAGAACUAUGAAACCUUAGUUUCAGUCGGAUACAAAGUCCCCACAGAGAAAUUAUUAUUGCUGCUUAAAGCAGAUUAUGAUGAACUGCCAAAGAAUAAUGCUGUGAGAAAAAAUGUUACAGAAAGGAAGGAUAAUGUUACAGAAGAGAAGGAUAACCUUGAAGACAAGCUGAACAGUGACCGAAAUCAGCAACGAUCACAGGGCCCACCCCAGUUACAUCACCCUACGGACAGCCUGCAGCACUGUGCUCACCCUGUGAAGGGCUCCGAUAGGCUUCAUUUCACACCUGAAACACAGCUUCCCACAGAUCUUAACUGUAGCAAGAGCUGUGAAUUUAAUGCAAGUCUUGCUAUAGAGAGUCCAGUAGUACACCAGCCAUCUUAUGUAAUGGACAAACCAUAUAAAUGCUCUGAAUGCAGUAAGUAUUUUUCACGAAGAGGUAGUCUGAUGCGCCACCAGGUCAUUCACACAGGGGAAAAACCAUAUAAAUGCCCUGAAUGCAGUAGAUGUUUCACAUACAGAGGAAGCCUAGCACGUCAUCAGACCACUCAUAUAGGGAGUAAACCCUAUAAAUGCACCGAAUGCAAUAAGUGUUUUACUCAGUGUAAUAAUAUGAUACGCCAUCAGGCUGUUCACACAGGAGCAAAACCGUACAAGUGUACAGAGUGUGGUAAGUGUUUUUCACGUAGCAGUCAUUUGGUACAACACCAAAUUAUUCACACAGGGGCAAAACCAUAUAAAUGCACUGAAUGUGGUAAGUGUUUCACACACCAAAGAAGUCUAGUAUAUCAUCAAGCCCUUCACAAGGGAAACAAACCAUAUAAAUGUGAUGAAUGCAGUAAGUGUUUUUCACAGAAAAGGGGCAUGAUACGCCACCAGGCCAUUCACACAGGGGAGAAACCAUAUAAAUGUGCUGAAUGUAGUAAGUGUUUCAUACACCAAAGGAGCCUAAUAUGUCAUCAGACUAUUCACAUGGAGAACAAACCAUAUAAUUGUACUGAGUGCAGUAUGUCUUUUUCAUGUAGCAGUAGCUUAAUACACCAUAAAGCCAGUCAUACAAGGAACAAACCAUAUAAGUGUGCUGAAUGCAGUAAGUGUUUUUCACGUAGCAGUCACUUGAUACAGCAUCAGGCCAUUCACACAGGGGCAAAGCCAUAUAAGUGCACUGAAUGUAGUCAGAGUUUUUCAUGUAGCAGUAAUUUAUUGCGCCAUCAGGCCCUUCACAAAGGGGAGAAACCAUAUAAAUGUAGUGAAUGUGAUAAAUGUUUUUCACGUAGCAGUCACUUGAUUCAGCACCAGGCUAUUCACACAGGGGAAAAACCGUAUAAAUGUGCUGAAUGCAGUAAGUGUUUCACACACCGAAGUAGCUUAUUGUAUCAUCAGGCCAUUCACAUGGAGAAGAAAGCUGUCCUAGCAAACAUCAAAGAUUGAAGCAAUACUAAUUUCAUGAACUUUUAUGAUACUGUGACCUAGGAAUAUGGGGUCUAUUCCUGUCAAGCUAUUAAUAACAAGCACAACUGCAAGUAGUCAAAA